AUGCGUAAAAAAAAGUGUAAUGUAGAAUCCAAAAACAAUACAACUCAAGACGAGUUGGAUGUCAUGAUUCAAAAUUUGAUCAUUAAUCGAUGUUUGCCAUUCUCCUUGGUAGAAGCUACAGAAUUUAAAUCUAUUUUACAAACAGGAUUUCCUAAAUUAAAAAUAUUGAGCCGUCCAACGUUAAUGAAAAGGAUUGAUUUGAAUAUAAUUACCAUGUUAACAAAUUUAAAAAAAGAAUUAAGUUUGGUCAAUCACAUUUCAACUACAGCUGAUUGUUGGUCAAUUUUUAAGAAAUCAUAUAUUGGUAUAACUGGGCAUUGGUUAAACAAAAAUGAUUUAACAAGAAUUUCAUGUCUACUUGCAAUAAAGCGCUUAAAAGGAAAGCAUACAUAUGAUGUUUUAGCAAAGUCCAUGGAGUCAGUUUAUUCAGAAUUUGAUAUUAGUCAUAAAAUUACAUAUUCAACCACAGACAAUGGUUCAAAUUUUGUUAAAAGUUUCAAAGUCCAGAAUAUAUUUAAAGUUACAACUUACAAUACCAUAAACUAUACCUUAUAA